AUGGCGCAAUCAGCGGGAGGGAAGACCACUUGGAAGGGCAACCACCCCGUUGGCCAGAUCGCAGCUGCACGCCCUUUCUACCGAUUCGCCGCCACCGGCCUCGGUGCCGCCAUGUGGUUCUUUCUGUUUUACCGCGCGAAGAAGGACGGCCCCGCGCUGCUUGGAUGGAAGCAUCCUUGGGACCAUUGA